AUGAGUGAUCACCACGAAGAAGAUGACCUUGCACCUACCCAAACUACCGGCUACAAGCCCGGAGAGAAGAAGUCUCUUCAAGAAUACCAAACCUUGGAUGCUCAAGAUGAAUCUUUGAACAAAUGGAAGGAAUCUCUCGGUUUAAACAAGUCUGCUGGUGCCACUGGCCCUCAAGAUGAUUCACGUAGAGUUGUUGUUGAACACAUUGCUCUUGAAGUUGAAGGUCGUCCUGAUGUCUUGGUUGAUUUGUCUACUCCUAAUGCUAUUGAGCAAGCCAAGAGCCAACCUUUCACCAUUAAGGAAGGCGUUGAAUAUCGUAUGAAGGUCAAAUUUAGAGUUCAACAUGAUGUUGUCUCUGGUUUGAAGUUCUUGCAAGUUGUCAAGAGAAAGGGCAUCAGAGUUGACAAGACCGAGGAAAUGAUCGGUAGUUACGGUCCCUCUGCUGACCCUUAUGAAAAGAAGUUCCAAUCUGAGGAAGCACCUUCUGGCAUGUUGGCCAGGGGCCACUACGAAGCAAAGAGCAAAUUUGUUGACGAUGAUGAUGUUUGCCACAUGGAAUGGACUUGGUCUUUCGAUAUCAAGAAAGAUUGGUAA